GUUGAUGUUUGUGGUUAUAUGUUGGUUGGUUGGUGGAUGUUGGAGGGGAAGACGGAGAAAUGUAAUUACUGUGCCGACAUCGACCUUGGUUGUCACGUGCACACAUUUUACCCCACCUCGACGCCAGGAACCAAACUAUCACAAAGAUAUUUAUAUACACUGGACAUUUAUAUUUACAUUUUCUAAUAAUAAAUGGAUAUAUAAAUAUAAUUUUCAACGAAGACACACAGAACCCCUUCUUUGAAGCAUUGAAACUCAAGUGUGUGAUUCUUAAUACCCUUUUUAUUACUACUGCCCCUUCCCUGCCUCUGCAGGUACAACCGCGCCGGAACCGCACAACAUCGCACAGCAUAUAUUACACCAAAUUGCCCUAUCUGGCAUUCUCGUGCGUCCCCGGAUGUGAACCGGCGUCCCGGUCGGAGCUAUUAUCCUUAACUGUCCAGUCUUGUGCCUGUACCGUCCUCAACUAUCCAAUCCGGUCCUUUACUAUCUUUCCACUGUCGUCCCACUAUACAACUAUACAGGUGUUGUCACCUUAGUGUCUGUGUGUGGGGCCAUCCCACCGUCCCACACCGAAGCCACCACCGCCGCCCAACCCCACACUCUUGAACUACAACAAACAUCACCCCCUCAAAAACAUUUAAACGGCUUCUCUCUCUGGCUGUACUAUACUAUAUACCAUAUACUCACAGCUACUCGACAUGAUAUAGACAAAAGAUUUCUAUUGCUUCUGUUAUCUUUCUCUGUCUGACAGCCAAUCUCUGAGCUACUGCCAGCUGUCAUUGUCCCAUUUCCCCGCAGCCAUGUUCAGCGGUAUACUCCAAGCUGCCAGCGCGGGAGCGGGAGCCGCUCAAGGUCCUCCAGGAGCAUCACCAUCCGAACCAAGCCAACCGCAUGAGAUCCCCCCCCCAACACCCGUCCGGUUCCCCUCCCUCCUCCCUCGCGCCCCCGGCACCGCAACCCCCCCACCACACGACAUCCCGCUCCGCACCUACAUCCGCUCCAUCCAGCGGCCAGCCGACAUAAAACUCUCCCACUUCGAAGCUCUCGGCCUGCACAUCAUCCCCGACGCACCCCUCACCUCCCUCCUCCCCGACCCCUCCUUCCUCCCCCCCUCGUCCUGGUCAACCCCCCUCCCCGACCCCUCCGACACCGACCCCGACGACCUCGACGACCUCCCGCCCACCCCGCCGCUGCCACUCAACAACGGCCGCCCCGCCCCCGGCCGCUCCACCUACACCGAGCGCAUGAAAGAACUCUCCACCCCCAACCCCGCCGCCUUCCGCACCGUGCGCCGCCUCCCCUCCACCCCCUCCCACCCCACCGCGCGCCUCGGCAACGCCUACGAGUUCUUCAAGAACCUCGAGCUCAUCUCCGGCUUCUGGGUGGACACCUCGCUCUCCGGUCCCGAACCGCUCGCCACCGACGACGCCCCGGAACCCGUACAUCAACGAAUCCACAUCCGCUCCGGCACCGGGUCGCAAACCCCUCCCGAUUUCCGCGCCGCCCUCCUCGCCGCAUUCGUCAAGUUAGUCGCUUACGAUUUCAGCUGCAACGUCUCCCUCCCCCGCGUCGAGCCGCGUCUGCACAUCGGUCCCUCCCUCUCCCCCCCACCAAACUCGAGCUUCCCCAACUCCUCCCCGCCAUCCUCGUUUCCAACAAAUAUAUCCUUCAUCUACCGCACGCCCUCCGACCGGCUCUCCGCCCGCGGCGGCAUCGUCGAGGGACCCCUCGCCGCUCUCUCCGCACGGCACGCAACGUCCUUCGAUAAACCCCUCGAUGAACUCCUCGAUCUCGCACGCGAAACGGCCGCGCUCUUCGUAGCUGCCCAGCAGCGAAAUCGAGAGGGGAGGGAGGAGCGGAAAUACGAUCCUGCUGAUCCGGAGAAAUGGUGGUGUUUUAAACCGCGCUGGGGCGGCGGACCGGGGGGGCCGAUUGGGAAAGAAGAAGGUAUGGCAGUUGCGCCUACUCUCGCUGCUGCUGCUGCUGCUGCCCCCUCCGCUUCCUCCUCGGACUUGCCCGACACAUCUUCUUCACCCACCCCCACAACCGCUGCCCCCCGCCCCCCCCCAAAACGCCGCACAACCCGCAAAACCACCUCCCUCUACGACGCCUACCGCCAGCUCCGCCCCCCCUCCACGACCUGGGACCGAAAAGCGCGCUAUCAGUGUAUAGGCCGCGAACCGGGGGCGGAGUGGGAUGAUGUUUUCUUGGUGAGUUGUUUGAAUCACCAUGUUGCGAUUUCGAGGUUGAGGGUUGGGAGGGGGGUUUUGGUGGGGUUGGAGGGACUGGAUGGGGAGGGGGAGGGGCCGGGGUGUGCGGGGGCGGGGGGGGGUGGGGUGAAUGGGCAUGGGAAUGGGGGGGAGGAGGGGGAGGUGGGAGUGACGGUGUGGAGGAGUAGGUGGUGGGAUCUUUUUAAGGCGGAGGAGAGGGUUGAGGCUAUGGGGGCGUUGUGGGGGAUGAUGGGGUGGUUGAUGAGGGAUGUUGAGGGGGAGAGGGGGGAGAGGAUGGAGGGUGUUGAGGGGGGUGCUUGAGCGGGUUUAUUAUUUAAAGAGAUGGACAUGAUAUGAUGUCCGCCGAAUGCGGUUGUUUCUUACGCGUAGAAAGUGGGAGGGGAAUUUUUACUUAUAUUCAGCAUAUCCAGAAGAACUUAGAUUUUUUUUUUGAAGAGAGGAAAUUAUAUACACAGCUGCUAAACAAAAAAUGCAAGUAUAGAAGUUGUAUAUGAAUCAAUAUAUAUUAAAAAAGCG